AAAUGGAACGAUCGAGAUCAUCUCCACCUCUCCCCCAACACCCGCGCGUCCUCAUCCCCCAACCCGCGCCCGCACCGUCGCCCCCCAAAUCCGCCCUCCUUGCCCCGAUUCGCCGCCGGUCUCCUCCCCUCCGCCGCAGAUUCCUCCCUCCGUCGAUCGCCCCUUCAUCACCCAGCCCUCUCACCCUUGCUCCCUCCCUCCCCUAACCCUAAUCUCAUCCGCGCCGCCGCCGCCGGUACUGCGGAUCCCCGAUCCGUCGCCCGCCUCCACUCAGCUGCCGCCGCCUCCAAGACGUCGUCACCACCACCUCCAUCCGCCACGACGCCCCCACAACCUCCGUCCGCGCCGACCCCACGCUGCCCCACACCGCCCGGUCCUUCGUCGACGCGCCGCCGUUGCGGGCACCGCCCCCGCCCACAUCGCCGCCUCGCCCCAACUGCUCCGCCCCACCGCGCCGCGCGGGUGCUCCCAAUCCUCGCCGCCGCUGGCCCCGCGCCGCCGGGGGGUGGGCGGCGAUGGAGGCAUAGACCGGCCCGCCGCGACGGGCAGAGGCGGUGCAAAGGCGCUAUUGAAUUAAUUUACUCUGGUUAUUUAUGCUGCAUCCUUAUGACUUCUGUUUGCCAAGAUUCCAACUGCUUAUUUGCCCUUACCAGUGAGAUCUUAUAAUAAUUGCCACCCUGACUACAAAGAAGCAACUAUGCGGCUGUCUUCUUCACUUCAAGAUUUGCCUACGUUCUCAAGAAUUGAUGCAUUAGAAAGGGGCUCUAGCACUGGUAGUGAUUUGGUCUCAGGGCGUGCAAAACCUAUCCGCACACUUCAAAGAGAUGGCGCUGUUGCAAGCUUUUCAAAAGAGAAAACACCCCCCUCAUCACCAACAAAUCGAAAGAAAUGCAUGAGAGCUGCUGGUUGUGCUAUUGCUCUGUUCCUUUUGGUGUUCUUUAUAUAUGCUUCUUUGAGAUAUUUCCAUGUCUUUCUCUCGGAAGGAAGCCCUGAAUACUAUGUUAUUCUUGAUUGUGGAAGCACUGGGACAAGAGUGUAUGUUUACGAAUGGUCUGUUAACCAUGACGAUGGAAACACAUUUCCUAUUGCUUUGAAACCCUUAGGAAAUGCUCCUAAGAAAAAAUCUGGUAAAUUAACUGGGCGAGCCUAUCAGCGAAUGGAGACUGAACCUGGGUUGAACAAACUUGUUCACAAUGAAACUGGAUUAAAGAUGACAAUAGAGCCCCUCCUUCGAAUGGCUGAGAAGUUGAUUCCUAGACGUGCACACAAACACACGCCUGCUUUUCUAUAUGCCACAGCUGGUGUGCGCAAGCUACCGAGUGCAGAUUCUGAGUGGCUUCUGGACAAGGCUUGGGAUAUUCUGAAGAAUUCAUCGUUUCUGUGUUCUAGAGACAGAGUCAAGAUUAUCAGUGGCAUGGAUGAAGCUUAUUAUGGAUGGAUAGCUCUUAACCAUCAUUUGAAUAUGCUUGGCACCUCAUCUUCUAAAAUGACAUAUGGUUCACUUGAUUUAGGUGGAUCAUCAUUACAGGUGACAUUUGAGACUGAUAAUUCCAUUCAGGAUGAAACAAGUAUGAGUCUAAGGAUUGGUUCUAUCAGUCAUCAACUUAGUGCUUAUUCUCUGUCUGGUUAUGGGCUAAAUGAUGCAUUUGACAAAUCUGUUGCACAUCUUGUGAAGAAGUUGGGAGGGGCAGCUGGUAAUGGAAAAGUUCAGGUUAAGCAUCCUUGUCUACAAACGGGAUACAAAGAAGAUUAUAUUUGUUCUUACUGCCACCCGCUCAAACUAGAUGGAAGUCCCAGUGUUGGAGGGAAGACAACAGGCAAAGAGAAGCAGGGAAUGGCAGUUGAACUGAUCGGGAUGCCUCAGUGGAACGAAUGUAGUGCCCUUGCAAAAUUAACAGUGAAUCUUUCUGAGUGGUCCAAUGCAAGCUCAGUUGACUGCAACACUAAACCUUGUGCUCUUCCUAGUACCUUUCCGCAACCACAUGGGCAGUUUUAUGCUAUGUCUGGUUUCUAUGUGGUUUUUAAAUUUUUCAAUUUGACUGCCGAUGCCACUCUCAUUGAUGUUCUAAAUAGAGGCCAGGAAUUUUGUGAAAAAACAUGGAAGGUUGCAAAGAGUAGUGUUCCACCACAACCUUUUAUAGAACAGUAUUGUUUCAGGGCUCCUUAUAUUACAUCACUUCUGAGAGAGGGGCUGCAGAUCAAAGAUAACCAGGUGAUAAUUGACUCUGGUAGUAUAACUUGGACUCUUGGGGUUGCUUUGUUAGAGGCUGGACAGGUGUUGUCUACACGAAUCGAUAUUCAAGGAUACAGAAUACUCCACCGAGAGAUAAAUCCAAAUAUUCUUAUUGUGUUGUUUCUGAUUUCAAUUGUGUUAGUCAUAUGUGCCAUAUUGUGUGUCAGCAAUUCAAUCCCAAGAUCAUUCCGCAAGUCUUAUCUGCCACUUUUUAGGCAGAACAGUGCAGGCAGUCCUGUGCUUAGCAUGGGAUCACCUUUCAGAUUUCAUCUAUGGAGUCAUAUUACUUCAGGUGAUGCAAGAACAAAGACACCUCUGAGUCCUACUGUUGCUGGGUCAGAGCCCCAUCCAUUCAGCAUGAGCCAUGGAUUAGGAGGCAGCAGUGUUCAGCUUAUGGAGUCCUCCAGGCAGUCAUUGGGCGUCUAUCACAGCUAUUCUGUUGGAAGCUUAGGUCAGAUGCAGUUUUCUAGUGGAAUGUGGAAGCCAGGUCAAACAACACUCCAAAGUCGGAGAUCCCAAUCGAGAGAAGAUCUCACUUCGUCACUAGCCGAUCUUCAUCUUCCAAAGGUGUAGCCUUACAUUUCAGAAUGACAUGACUAGUAUGAGAAUACCAUCCCAUAACAAACCUUGUGUAAAUAAUAGCUCCGGACUAUUUGAUUUCUUCUCUAAUCAAAAGUCAAAUUUUGUCGGUAUACUGACACUUCAGUGAGAUCUAGCAUUCACAGAAUUGGAGGUAUGACUUGGUGCCUGCUGCCUAGUCCUGGGCAUGAUAUUUUCAUUACGAUGUAUGCGCAACAGUACAUGUCACAAGGUGAAAUUGCAAGAAGAAAUUUAUAUGGUUCACCAAAGUGGUUGGCCGUGGGCUGGAGGUAUAUAAAUCAGCUCCUAGCCCCAAAAUGUCACUGUUUCUAAAUUGUGAUAUCAAUUCAACCGAGCAGGCUGUGUACUUCAAAUGUUUCUUAUUCUUUUGUUCUACAACAUAAUAAAGCUGCCUAUGGGCUAUGGUCUUGUGUCUGUAGAAUUGCUGUACGACACCAUGUAAGAGUUUUCCCUUGUGGAAGGACAUUUGGUACCAACAGAAAACAUGAAUUAUUAGUAAUUCCAGUGCUCUUAUGUUUACUCA